AUGGUAUUGGCUGUUGAUAAAGACACUGGAAUAUCGAUUGCCGAAGACGAGAAAUAUCGUGAAGAAGAUGAAAAAUUUGUUGUACGAAAAAUACAGGCACGAAAUGGAUUGGAAAUCAAUAGGACGAAAAGAUCUACAUCCAAUAGACAGAGAAAACUUGAAGUUGCCAUUCAAGAAUCGAUUACAUGGCUUGAAAUUAACCAAGAGGCGGAGAAGAAGGAAUAUGAUUAUAAACAGGAGUCACUCGAAGAAAUUGUCGACUCAAUAAUUAAGCAACAACGCAAGCCCACGCAAAUUACAUUUUCGUCUCUCAAUACGGACUUGUCAACGCCACGUCGUUCAGCCUUUGGUAAUCCACAACCAUAUACUGGUCGACCAUAA